AGAAAAAGAUGUUAAAUUCUGCCCGUCUUUCUUUGGGUCAUUGGCAAACUAUUCAACUUUGUUAGGCGGGUGGUCUUGGUUGACUGACGACAGCUAUCUUUGAAAACAACUUUCGAACGUGUCUAGGAGUAUAAUGGCUAACGGUUUUGAAGCUUCUACGCUUUCAACUUUAGCUAGCUACAUCGAUGCAACUUUGUCGCCUAAUGCCACUAUGCGUCGCAACGCUGAAGCCUUUUUACAAUCAAACGAAAAAGGACCUGGCUUCUCUUUAUUACUUGUUGAACUAAUAUCGAAUAGUAACUUUCAGUUUUUUACCAGACAAGCUGCUGCAGUAUAUCUUAAGAAUUAUAUAAAACGUUCGUGGGAAGACGUGGAUGAGAUGGAACGAGAAAAGUUAAAGCGAAGUUUGACCGACAGUUUAUUAUACUUACCUGUACAGUUGAGAAAGCUACUUACGGAGACCAUUUCAGUCAUUGCCGAUAGCGACUUCCCCAGCAACUGGGAAUACCUACUUCCAGAGUUGUGUUCCAAGUUGGAACAGGCAAUAAACUCUUUUCCACAUCAGUUAAGUUGGUCAACUUGUGACGGCGUCUUGGAAGCAGUGGAUGCUCUUGUUGAAUGUUAUCGCCAUUUGUUUCGUUCAGACGAUCUGUUGCUGGAACUCAAGUAUGUCUUGGGUCAUAUGCAGGUACUUAGUGAAAGAAACGUUGCUUUUUCAAAAAGUUAUCUUACUCCAGAGGUUGUAAAGGAAGAUAACGAAUAUACCCAUACUUUGUUAGAAAUAUUGUUCCGCUGUUGUCGUAUUUUUUAUUCUUUGUGCUAUCAGGAUUUACCAGAAUACUUUGAAGACCACAUGGAAGAAUGGGCCCGUGGCUUUUUGAAGAUUUUGAAUAUUUCUUUAUCGUCAGUUUCUUCGGAUAGUGAAGAUUCGGAUAACUCCCUCUUUGACCAAGUUCAGGCAGAAACAUUGGAUAAUGUUACUUUAUGUGCAGAGAAAUAUGAAGAAGAAUUUCGUCCAUAUUUGAGUCAGUUUGUUUCAGCCACUUGGUCACUUCUUAUUCGACACGGUAAUUCAACAAAGUAUGACCAGGUUGUGACAGCUGGAAUGGGGUUGUUGACGAUUGUGAGCAAGUCGGUUGACUUUGGAUUAUUUUCUGAGCCUGAUACAUUAAAGCAAGUUUGCGAAUAUAUUAUUAUUCCAAAUGUAGAAUUAAGAGAAGAUGACCAAGACCUGUUUGAAGAAAAUCCUAUGGAAUAUAUUCGUCAAGACAUGGAAGGCAGUGAUGCCGAAACACGUAGAAGGGCAGUUUGUGAGUUGGUGAAAGGACUUUGUACACAUUACGAGAAUGCUAUCACCGAAAUCUUUUCAAAUUAUGUUUAUAGUAUGUUGCAGGAAUUUGCCAAAGAUCCUACAAACAAGUGGAAAGGCAAGGACGCAGCUAUCUAUUUAGUUACUGCUAUUGGUUGGAAAGGCGGCACAGAAAGAGUUGGAGCCACUGUUGUCAAUCAACUGGUAGAUUUAGGUCAGUUCUAUAAGAAUCAUAUUAUUCCGGAAUUGGAAAGUGCAUCUAAGCAACCGGACAAUAUACGGUUUCCGAUCUUGACUUGCGAUAGCAUCAAGUUUGCGACCUCGUUUAGGAAUCAAAUCCCUGAUGGUCUACUUCCAGUAACUCUGACUUUUAUGAGUGAAUUGUUAAGUUCGAGGCUUCCUGUAGUACAUACAUAUUCCUGUAUAUCCAUCGAGAAAAUUCUCUCAUUACAAGAAAAUGGCGAAUGGAAAGUGAAGAAGGAGAACCUUGCUGAGUUUGUUUCAGCUUUGGUUCAUCGUUUGCUAUCCUUAAUGAUGAAUGUUUCGUCACAAAACGAAUACACAGUGAAGUGCCUUAUGAGAGUGAUUAUAUUUUUUGGAACAGACAUGGCACCAUUUUUGGAAACGCUUUUAAAUGGUAUUGUGAAGACAUUAGAAAUGAUAUCUCAGAAUCCUGGCAACCCUAAUUUUAUUCAUUAUUGUUUUGAAUGUAUUGCCGGACUGACUCGAUACGUUUGUACCGAAAAUCCAUCGAGUCAUCUUCCUCUAUUGGAAACAAAAUUAUUUCCAUUCUUUCAGUCUGUUCUGACUGCAGACAUUGCCGAAUUUGUUCCCUAUAUUUUCCAAGUUCUGGCACAACUUGCUGAACUUCAUGGAGAGUACGAGGAAUUGCCUUCAUCAUAUCAAUCUUUAUUACCCGUGCUUUUUACUCCAUCCUUGUGGAAUCGAAAUGGAUAUAUUCCUGGAAUGGUUCGUCUUUUACAGGCUUUUUUGAGAAAGUCUAUGAAUCAUAUAAUGGCAAAUAAUCAGUUGACUCCUAUUUUGGGAGUUUUUCAAAAUCUGGUUGCCAGCAAGGUUCAUGAUUACUACGGAAUGUCUCUGAUAGAAAGUAUUGUGGAAACUUGUGAUAUGUCGCAAUUGGAACCAUUUUUACCUGAGAUUGUUCAAAUUAUGUUGGUUCGGUUACAAAAGGGUCGGACAAUUAGGUUUACGAGGGCUUUUAUUGUUUUUAUUUCAUUUCUUUCCAUCAAAUAUGGAAGCGAGAUUGUUGUUUCUUUGUUAAAUCGUAUCCAGGAUGGUCUUUUUGUUCAAGUAUUUGAACAUGUUUGGUUACCAAAUGUCGUCCAAGAAGCAAAUCCAAAGGACCGUAAAAUUUGUGCCACAGGGCUUGCGUUGUAUCUUUCAUGUCCUACAUUGAUAGAACUUCCCAACUUAUGGCUCUCGGUGUUGUCAACUGUAUUGUCUUUGUUAGAAGGUUAUCAAGAAAAUCCAACUCAAGGCGGCAACCACGAAAUGGAAGGAUCGAGAGAAUAUGAUAUACAAUUCUCACAGUUGGCUUUGGUUGGAAAUAGAGAAAAUAUUCAAAUGAACAAAGUCCCAGAACCUGACCAAAUGCUCGUAAAUAACUUUACUGAAGUGGUAGCAAACAACGAGAGUUUAAAAGGUGUUAUACAAAGUUCUUUAUCCAAUCACUUUCAACAGUUGCUUGCCAGUCAUUUACAAAAAUUGGGCAGAAGCAUUUAAAUAGAAACCGAAACGUCUUUUUGGCAUUUGGAACUGAUCUUCAGUGGAAGCCUAGUAUAAUAAUCUGUUUAGGUGAAACUCUCUAGAGUUUUUGUUUAGUAAAGAAUAGGGCUUUGGAGUCUCUGAAAUGAAUAAUUCAAUAGUUGC